CCUUCUUCAGUAUCUGACUGAAGUACAAAGCAGCCAAAGUUUCUACUUCAAUUAAUUAACAAUUCAAUAGGGAAAAACUAAGAAUAAUUUUAUCUGAAAAUGAUGUCCCAUAUUGGAAAUAUGCUUCCAAAAAAUGCCUCCCUCAUCAACACCUUGAUUUCAGGAAGUAUUAGAGCUCUUUCGACUACUCCUCAAAUGAAUGCAAAAAAAACAUUGCAAGACAGAACAGGAAAGAAUAUUGUUCUUGUAGAUGGAGUUCGUACACCCUUCUUACUAUCUGGGACAGAUUAUUCGAAAAUGAUGGCAUAUGACUUGGCCAGACAUUCUCUAAAAGGUAUAUUGGAAAAAACUGGCCUACCUAAAGAAAUGGUUGAUUAUGUUAUUUAUGGAACUGUUAUUCAAGAAGUAGAAACUUCAAAUAUAGCUAGGGAAGCAAUGCUUUGUGCAGGAUAUAGUGACCGUACUCCUGCUCAUACUGUGACCAUGGCUUGUAUCUCUUCAAAUGUAGCUAUAACAACAGGUAUUGGACUUAUCGCAUCUGGAGCAUAUGAAACUAUAGUGGCUGGAGGUGUUGAAUUCAUGUCAGAUAUUCCCAUUAGAUUCAGCAGAAAGCUGAGAAGUACCAUGUUGAAAGCAAAUAAAGCCAAAACUGCUGGUCAAAAGUUAUCAUUGUUGGCUCAGGUCAGACCUGCCGAUUUCUUACCACAACUACCUGCAGUAUCAGAAUUCUCUUCCAAAGAAACCAUGGGUCAUUCUGCUGAUCGUUUGGCAGCAGCUUUCGAAGCCAGCCGACAAGAGCAAGAUGAAUUUGCCAUUCGUUCGCAUACUCUUGCCCAGCAAGCGUAUGAGAAGGGCUACAUGACUGAUUUGAUGCCUAUUAAGGUUCAAGGAGUCAGUAAAACUAUUGAGAAGGAUAAUGGUGUGAGAGUGUCCACAAUGGAACAGUUGUCCAAACUCAAGCCAGCUUUUGUGAAACCCUACGGUACUGUUACUGCUGCCAAUUCCUCAUUUUUGACUGACGGUGCUUCAGCUGCUGUUAUCAUGCCAGAAGCAAAAGCCAAAGCUUUGGGUUUGAAACCAAAAGCUUACCUCAGAGAUUUCACCUAUGUAGCGCAAGAUCCCAUUGAUCAACUCCUACUUGGACCUGCUUACGGUACACCUAUUCUUCUACAAAAAGCUGGUCUAAGCAUCAACGAUAUCGAUACUUGGGAAUUUCAUGAAGCUUUUGCGGGACAAAUCAUUGCCAACCUCAAGGCAAUGGAUAGUGACUGGUUUGCUCAAAAGUACUUGAACAGGUCUUCAAAAGUUGGUGCACCUGAUAUGGAAAAAUUCAACAAAUGGGGUGGCUCUCUGUCGAUAGGGCAUCCUUUUGCUGCAACCGGUAUAAGGCUUGCAAUGCACACUGCUAACAGGCUUGUUAGGGAAGAUGGCCAAAUUGGUUUGGUGGCUGCUUGUGCAGCUGGAGGUCAAGGAGUUGCUAUGCUGUUAGAACGACAUCCCGAUGCCACACCAAACUGAGAAUGUUAGCAUGCAAUUUACCAUUCGAGGCCUUCAAAUAAGAAACUAUUUUUCUAAGAUUCUACAGUCAAUUCCAAAAAUGUAAAUAUAUACAUAUAAUAUAUACACUAACUUGAAAAUUGUUUUUCCACUAAGUUAUUAUACCUUCCAUAUUGAAAAGAAAUUGUCGAAUCAUAUAUAAUAAAUUUUAUUUAGAAAAUA